UUGUGUGCAAUUUCUGUGUUCAUCAGGAAGCUCGCAUGCGCCACCUAGCGGUGAUAGUCGGAACAAAUGCCGGGCUGGUUGCACAACCUUCCCUCUCCUGUCAGUAAUGGAUGUUCGAAGCGUCUGAGCUUCGCUGGCUUGUAGGUGAGAGGGUGGGUCAAAGUCCCGCCACACUCGUUUGACGUGGCUGCAGGAAGUCAUCGACGCGGGUCUUCCCUGACAACAAGAACUACGGCCAAUUCAUCUUAUUCUAUUAUUAUACUAGUAACCAAUACAUCAAUAGUGCUCAUGCUAGGGGUAUUCUUCAUUUCCAAGGCAAAUUUAACCUUUAAAAAACAUAGAAUUCUGUCCCGUAAUAACAUUUUUUUGUUCUGAUCUGCUAUCAGGUGCACCUGUCAGUGGCUGAGAUAAAGUAGGCUUAUUUAGUUGGGCACUGAUGGAUGUUUAUGUAGGGUGUAUAGUGCAGUAUAAUGGGUAAGGAGCUGGUCUAGUAACCUAAAGAUCAUCGGUUUGAUUCCUGGGUAGGACACUGCCGUUGUACCCUUGAGCAAGGGUGAAAUGAUAUUACUGCACCCACCUCCUUGCUGAGAGGAAGCGUGAUAUGGAGUUCCACUCCGCUUUGCUCAUAAGCAAUAAUCCCUGACACCAUCAGACGCAACCUUCAAUAUUAAACAAUGAUUCAUCAUUUUUCCAUUGGUUGCUGGAUUCUGUUGUUUCUUACACCAGAAUAUACUUCUGUUUUUGCAAAAGAUAAAGUCAUCCAGGUACCGCGUGGAUUGGAUGCCGCGUUACGUUGCACAUCAAAGACAAGUCUUCCUCCGAAGUGGGAAUGGGACUCCAAUCAGACAUCAGAAAACAUCAAGACAUUAGUGGCCAACAACACUGCAUACCUGCUGGUGGAAAACUUCCAGGAGAUAAAUGAAGUCCGUUACUACUGUAUCAAUGGAACACAACAAAACAAAUCUGAAGUGAAACUGAAAAUACAGCUGGGUGUAAAGGAUAGCACGCCUGUGUACAGAAUCAGCAGGACCGGCUCUUUGCAUCUCUUUUGUGAAGCUUUAUUAGGAGCAACGCUUCGGGGCUUAUGGAGCUGGAGACAGACUGGGUCUGAAGAAGACUGCAAACGGUCUGGCUCAGACCUGGAGCACUUUGGAAAUCGAUCUGAAGUAAAGAGUGGGUCCGACAACAAAUUUUCACUGAGCAUCUCCCCUCUGUUCUGGAAUGACUCUGGACAAUACCGAUGCACUCUUUGUAAUGGCAACAAACUUUACAGGCAAUGCACUUAUGAAAUAAUUACAGUGAAAGUGUACUCCGAGCCCGUGGAGCUGACUGAGGGAGAGAAUGGCUCCCUGGUCUGUGCCGUUUCACACCUGAAGAACUCCACCAGACUGCUGUGGAUCGACACGCGGAGUCACCAGACGUUCUCCAACCCCGAGGCACAGAAGCACGCGGGCGAGUUCCGGCUCGUGGUGACGAACGUCACGCUGGCGCAGAGCGCUUGGGAGUGCGCCGUGUUCCACCGGGGCCAUCUCCGAGCGCUGGUCCCGUUCAAGCUGACUGUGAAGAGCCGAGCCACACGGCCCCCCGGGCCCCCUGCUGGAGGUGACAGACCGGGCCAGGACCCUACUGAAGGGUCAAAAUCACCUGCACAAAAUCACUCCGGAAACCGUACAAUUUAUCUGUCACUAGUCUGCCUCUGUGGUCUUCUUUUCAUAAGCCUGGGAACAGCCUUCAUAGUCUACUGCUGUCAGAGACAUCAAGGUGAUGCACAGACCCCAGAUGACGAGGGUGCUCUCAAUUAUGCUGCAGUGCAUUUUAAAAGGAAAAAAGCAGCUGACUCCAGUACAUCAGCCGCACUUGCUGUAAGCAUUUAUUUAAUUUAUUUAUUUAUUGUUCGUUUAUUUAAAACAAAAGCACAUAUUUUCCUGAAAAACUUUUCAUGCUCUUGAAAAAUAUGCAAUGCAAUAUCUACAGCUGCAAGCCUUUUAAA